GGGAGUGAGAGUUUAAUGCAGUAUACAUAUACAGCUACCUGCAGUUUGAAACUCUGAUUGGAUAUCCAGAGAAAUUUAUUUAGCAGAGUGCUCUUGGUCUUCCAAAUGGCACAGGCACUCAUAGACUUUCUGACUGAGUGGCAGAUUCGCCGAAACCGCCUGGUGACCAAAGAAGGCCAUUGCAACAUUGAGUUUUCCAAUGUAAGAUACCAAAACUGGAUCAGUUACAUGGUAGAUAUUUGGACGACUUUAGUGGAGAUCCGCUGGACAUUUCUUAUGUUCUUUUUUUCAGCUUCAUUCCUUUUUACCUGGUUUAUAUAUUCACUUUUGUGGUACUGGGUCGGUCGUACAAAUGGUGACUUGUGGUGGCAGUACCCACCAGCCAACCACAGUUUUUGUGUGACUAACCUCUAUGACCUUACCACUGCCUUUCUGUUCUCACUAGAGACACAGACAUUUAUUGCUUACGGCUACCGAGCCCUUACCACAAACUGCCAAGGUGCCGUUGCUGUGUAUGUUUUCCAAGUUAUUCUAGGUGCUAUUAUUCCCUGCUUUUGGGGUGGGGUAGUAAUGGCCAAAAUUGCGUUGCCCAAGAGACGAGCUAAAGGAAUCAUUUUCAGUAAGAUGGCUGUCAUCUGCCCUAGACAAGAUACUCUGUGUCUACAGAUACGAGUGGCUAAUCUGCGCAAAUCAUUGAUGAUUGAAACCCAAGUAUAUGGCAAGCUUAUUAAGACAACAACCACCCCUGAAGGAGAAACCAUCAUCAUGGAUCAGGUCAGUGUUGAAUUCUGUGUAGAAACUGGGAAAGAAAACCUCUUCUUCAUCUCUCCAUUGAACCUCUACCAUGUGAUAGACAAAAACAGUCCAUUCUAUGAUAUGGCAGUGGACACGCUUCAGAACCAAGACUUUGAGCUUGUGGUCUUUAUGGACAGUGUUGCUGAAUAUACCAGCUUCUCUUGCCAAGUAAGGACUUCCUACAUCCCUAAGGAAAUCAUGUGGGGCCACCAAUUUCUCCCCAUCAUCUCCCGCAGCAAAGCAGGAAAAUAUCGAGUGGACUUCUCCAACUUCGCUAAAGUAAUGCCUGUGAACACACCACACUGUGCUCACUGCUUCCACAAUGAGAAAGUGCAUGAACACCCCUCCAGGCAUGGCAGUGACAAUGAGGGCUUCAACUUUGAUUUGUAAAAGAAGAAAACACAAACACCUAUGAACUUUGACAUAUUUAAUAAAACUUUUAAAUUGUAACAAAAUCU